AGCGCGGUGGCGCGGCGACGCAACACCGUCUUGAUUUUCCGCCGCGAACGGAGUGUCGCGAAAAGCGCGUUCGAAUGAAAACGGUGAAACCUACGGCAGCGUUAACCCCUUCAACAGCUGUACACGACACACGCGUACCGUACGGCGUAAUAUUGACAUGGAGGUCAAUUCCUCGGAACGCAAUCAGGAAACGGAACAUGUAGCGCAAGUAGCGCAACAUGAGAACAGUGCAAGUGAAGGCCUCGCUUACCCCCAAAAAACUGUAAGCGAUCCAGCGAAUGCUAUAUUGCAUCAUCAGAUCCAAGGAAACACGGCAAAAAUGUUAAUGACGUUGCCCACAGGGGAGCAGAAACUGACCACGUUCGGCAUCCCGAACGAGGACUGCACUGUACAAGUACAAGUACAAGUUUUCGGCCGAACGAGUACUGCGAAUUACUUCGAACAAAUAUCGGUGAAACCUAUAGCAGCGUCAACCCGUUCACCAGCUGAGCACAACACACGCGUAGCUAAUAUUGACAUGGAAGUCAAUUCCUCGGAACACGGUCAGGAAACGGAAUAUGUAGCACAACAGUCACCUUCGCCACGGCUGCAACAUGAGAACAGUGCAAGUGAAAACAUCGCUUACCUCCAAAAAAUUAUAAGCGAUCCAGCGAAUGCUACAGUGCAGCAUCAGAUUCAAGGAAAUACAGCAAAAAUGUUAGUGAUGUUGCCCACAGGGGAACAGAGACUGAUCACGUUCGACAUCCCGAACGAGGACUGCACUGUGCACGACCUACUGGAUGAGGUGAAUAUUCCAUUCGCUGGUGAAACGCAAAUUUCUCUGGUAGAUGAUCCUGCAAUGGGUAUAAACUAUAUAGUGAAUGUAGGAGGUUCCAGGGCGCUUACAACAUUCUUCGAAGGUAGUGACGACUGUAACUCUUCUCAGGAAAAUAAGAGCUCCUCUGGCACUGAAACUUUAUCUCAAAAUACUAAUGCUUCGGAUGAAAAUAAUAAUGCCUCUACGCAAACUACUGAGGAACCUAUUUUGGUCAAAGGAAUGCUUGCUCUCUGUCCACACUGCGGCUACAGUUCACUACACUUCAACCGAUGUGAACGGUGUAAUACAAAAUUAAAAACUGAGGAAGUCAAGUCAAUAUCUAUUGCAGAAAGAAAGGAGGCUGGGAUAUCUGUCGGUAUAUUCUACAAGAAUAAUGAACGAAAUGUUACGAAAUUGGAGAAAGUAGAACGCGAUGACCCUCCGUGCAAACGGCCCAGAGGAAAUGGUAAAGGUGCAGCUUCAAAACUAUUCACAAAAAGCCUAUUCACAAAGCCUAUUCGUAAAAAGUCAGAGUGCUUGACAAUAUCAUCUGAUGAAGAAGGCAGACCUAAAAAAACGGGAAGCGUUAUAUGUUAUAUUAGUCGCGACGUUCCUCAUUUCGGCUCCAAUCAGUCCAAUCCAUCCUGUGUCGGCCACGUUCUGAAAAAGAAACGGGAAAUGACGUAUGAACAUGGAAUGCUUGCCCCUACUGAAAACAUGAAGCAACAUCAACAACACACGUGUAGCGUAGCUAAUAUUGACAUGGAAGACAAUUCCUCAGAACGCGGUCAAGAAACAGAACGUAGAGCGCAACGGUCUCCUUUGUCACGAUUGCAAUAUGAGAACAAUGCAGGUGAAAGCAUCGUUUUCCUCCGAGAAACUAUAAGCGAUCCAGCGAAUACUAUAGUGCAGGAUCAGAUUCAAGGAAGCAGGGCAAAAAUGCUAGUGAUGUUGCCCACAGGGAAGCAGAGACUGAUCACAUUCGACAUCCCGAACGAGGACUGCACUGUACACGACCUAUUGGACCAGGUGAAUAUUCCAUUUGCUGUUGAAACGCAAAUUUCUCUGGUAGACGAUCCUACAUUGGGUAUAAACUACAUAGUUGAUGUAGGAAGUUCCGGCGUGCUUGCAACAUCCUUGAGGGCAGUGACGAAUAACGCGGCCGAUAUGGGAUGGAUUGGGACCAAAACGAGGAGGCGAAGAGAGAUUCCUUAACGAAAAAACAAAUAUGUAUAUUUCUUACGACUUUAAAAAUUUGUAAUUUUUUGAAUUAAAGUGAACUUCUUCAUAAUUGUAUUAUUAUGCAUAGUUAUAAUCAGUAA